UGGCAGCCACCCUGGCCUCACACCUUUGUUAGCAGCAUUCAUUCCUGGGGAACCAGGGUCCACAAUGAAGAUGGAUUUUUCUGCAGGACAGGCCUGAAUGCUUUGCCAGCAGACAGAUGAUUUGACAGGAAAUAGACUUACGACAGGAACAGACACAUUAGGGGAAGAGAAGAAUACAGCUUAAAAAUACGGUUUUUAAAACACAUUCUUAAUAGUUUAAACCAUGAGAGGAUUUCAGUGCUUUUUUCCCCCUUCCUUGAAGUAGAUAAAGCGGGAUACAUUUUAUUAAAAAGUCCUCACAGAUUUUCACUGAGAACCUCCCAGUAAAAAAAAAGUGGAAAAAUAAAGAGUGUGUGUGUUUGUAGAGUUCCCUUCCAACAACAUUAAGGCAGAGGAAGGGGUUAGUUUCUUCAGGAGCUGUGACUCACAGGACUGUCGCGCAGUGUUUCAAACGCGCGUGUGACAUCUGGAGGGGGAAAUCACUCAAGCUGCGGCCCUCCUCUUCCCCGGGGUGUCCGGAGCCCGCGCCCCGCAGCCCGUCCACGGACCUGCUCCGGCCCUGCGCAAGUUGUUUCCGGCGUGGCUCCCCCACCCCCACCCCCGUUCUCUCGGGGCAAGUAUAGAUUUUCAUGAACACAGGGGGUUUUGUCUUCUGUUAAAAACAACUCUCCUUCACUGGAGCAGGCUUUGUGUCUCGCCCCAGGAAACAGCGUUCACUGGAGGUGACUCUCCGGGGCGCGGUGCAGCCUGUUACCUGACCCGGCUGGGAGCCGCCGGUGGCAGCGGGCUGCAUUCCUUGAAUUCUUCCACUCGGCGCUCUCCCCGCAAUGAGCUACUUGAGGUUCCCUGGGCCGAGCGCAUUCCGCUUGAUUACUCGCUUCCUCCCUCGCUGCGCCCUGGAGUCCGCGGCCGGAUCUCGCUCCCAGUCUCUAAACGUGUGGCUGAGUAGAGCAAGUGCGCCAGUGAGGAGAAGCACGCAGAGAGUGCCAGAGAAGACCUCAAAGUCUGGAGAAAAAUGACCUUUCGUGGAAUAUGAAAUGUACCUUCUCUUGCAAGUUUUUCUCUUAAUAAACUCUGAAAACUGAACAUACAGCCUUGGGUCUACGGAAAAUCAACUGAUCAAACUCUUCGUCAUGCAUCAACUGUUCAGACUAGUUUUGGGACAAAAAGAUCUUUCACGAGCUGGGGACCUCUUCUCCUUAGAUGACUCUGAGAUCGAAGACAGCCUAACAGAAGCUUUGGAGCAGAUUAAAAUAAUUAGCUCAUCAUCAGACUACCAAACCAAUAACAAUGACCAGGCUGUGGUUGAAAUCUGUAUCACAAGAAUCACAACAGCCAUCAGAGAGACAGAAUCCAUUGAAAAGCAUGCCAAGGCCCUUGUGGGGCUCUGGGACUCCUGCUUGGAACACAACCUAAGACCCUCCGGCAAAGAUGAAGAUACUCCUCAUGCAAAAAUUGCAUCCGAUAUCAUGAGUUGCAUUUUACAGAAUUAUAACCGGCUCCCUGUGAUGGUAUUAGCCAUCCCCAUUGCAGUGAAAUUCCUCCACAGAGGCAACAAGGAACUGUGCAGGAACAUGUCUAACUACCUGUCCCUGGCUGCAAUUACCAACGCGGAUCUCCUUGCUGACCACACAGAAGUUAUAGUAAAGAGCAUAUUGCAAGGAAAUGCCAUGUUGUUAAGGGUAUUACCUGCAGUGUAUGAAAAGCAGCCUCAGCCAAUUAACAGACACCUGAUAGAACUCUUGGCCUUGAUGUCUCAACUGGAACAACCAGAGCAGUCCCAUCUACUACAGCUUUUGCAUGUAGCAGCAAAGAGGAAACAACUGGAGGUGGUUCAGAAAUGUAUUCCUUUUCUAAUCAGGAAUUUGAAGAGUUCAACCCAUCAUGACAUCAUCCUAAACAUCCUUCUAGAGAUAGCUGGCUAUGAGCCAGUGGCUUUGAGCAGUUUUCUUCCAAUGCUGAAAGAGAUUGGAGAGAGAUUUCCCUAUCUCAUUGGACAAAUGGCGAGGAUCUAUGGAGCUAUUGGGCAUGUGGAUGAAGUGAGAGCCAGGAGCUGCGUGGUGUACCUGGUGAGCCAGCUGGCCAACAUGGAGCAUUCAUUUCACCAUAUUCUCCUGCUAGAGAUCAAGAGCAUCACUGACACCUUCUCCUCCAUCCUGGGUCCUCAGAGCAGGGACAUCUUCCGCAUGAGCAACAGCUUUACCACCAUUGCCAAGCUCUUGUGUAGACAACUGGAAAAUACCAAGACUGUUAAUGACAGGCGAAAAAUCAGCACUGAUACUGGACUCCCUGAGAAACUAGAAGUCAACCUCAAGGUAGCUAAGAAUGAAGACCAUGAAAAGCUUCAAGUUAAAAUCCAGGCUUUUGAAGACAAAAUAUAUGCUGAAAGCUAUAUUCCAGGAUCUAUCAGGAGAUAUAGCUUAGACCAUGUUUCUAAGGAAGAAAGAAAAAACAUUAGAUUUAACAGGUCAAAAAGUUUGGCUUUACACACUGUGCUCACGAAGGGUGUGAGUUCAGAUGACGGAAAAGAAGAAGAGAGUGCACAAAGAGCAGUCAGCAUCUCUCUUUCAGAAAUAGACCCACUUAGCCAUGGAAGUGACAAGUUGCCGCUUAAGACAGACACCCACGGAUCGCAGCUGAAAAACUCUUCAGCUUCACACCCGAGUAUUGUACACCUAGAAUCAGAGAAUUUUGAAGAAACUAUUAAAGAAAACGUCCAGGGAGAAACUCCAGAGAUAACCACAAAUCCUAUAGAAUACCAAGAUAAGCUGUACUUGCAUCUGAAGGAAAACCUCAGUAAAGUGAAAUCAUACGCCAUGGAAAUCAUGAAGAAAAUCCCUAUCCCUGACCAGUGCACCAUUGAGGAUACAGUGAGAAGUUGUGUAGCAAAGUUGUUCUUCACAUGCUCCCUGAAGGGUCAUUACUGCCUGUACAGUAAGUCCAGUUUCAUUCUCAUCAGCCAAGAUCCCCAGCCAUGGAUCCAGAUCAUGUUUCUCUUUCAGCAGGAUCUGGACCAGGUACAGCUCCAUCUAGAAGAAGUGAGAUUCUUUGAUGUGUUUGGCUUCAGUGAAACAGCAGGAGCAUGGCAGUGCUUCAUGUGCAACAACCCUGAAAAAGCAACUGUUGUAAAUCAAGAUGGCCAGCCUCUCAUAGAAGGAAAACUUAAAGAGAAGCAAGUCAGGUGGAAGUUCAUCAAAAGGUGGAAAACGCGUUAUUUUACAUUGGCUGGAAAUCAACUUUUGUUUCAAAAAGGAAAAUCUAAAGACGAUCCUGAUGAGUCUCCAAUAGAACUCAGCAAAGUACAGAGUGUGAAAGCUGUGGCCAAGAAACGCAGGGACCGCUCUCUCCCUCGGGCUUUUGAAAUCUUCACAGACAAUAAAACCUAUGUUUUCAAGGCCAAAGAUGAGAAGAAUGCAGAAGAAUGGCUGCAGUGCAUCAACGUGGCAGUUGCCCAGGCAAAAGAGAAGGAAAGUAGAGAAGUGACCACAUAUCUGUAGGGACUUACAUGCUGGUUUCGCAUGACUAUGCACAUCAGGCAUUGCCAGUGUCGAAAAGAGAGAAAUCCCCAAGCCAGGCUGUUUUCCACUAAAUACCAGUGGAAUCAUCCCUAAGAAGGGCCUAAAACAGCAGGCUUCUCCACAGAUUUCACUCCUUAGCAGUGGUCUUGUUAACUCCAGAGUAUCUCUCUGAAGCAUACAAGAGGAGCUAGAGACUAUGCCCUCAGAGGGUGUGAAGCAAGGCAGGGAAGCUGUGAAUGAAGGAACUUCUGUAGAUAUGUCAUUUAAAACUGUAAGAAAACUACCUAUGCUGAGAAAGGAUUGUUAUUUCUGAUGAAAAUCAGUCUGUCGAGGGUAUUUUUUUAAAAAUACCUAGCUGGAAGAGUUUAAUUAAUGUACACUGAAGAAAACCUGUAAGAAAACUAUAAGAAAA